AUGGAAAAAGGUGGAGAUCUCGCAAAUCUGGUGAAAGAAGCUUCUCUGAUUAUAUGGGAUGAAGCUCCGAUGAUGCAUAAGCAUUGUUUUGAGUCUUUGGAUCGCUCACUGGCUGAUAUUGUUGGUAAUGAAGAUGGCAAACCUUUUGGUGGAAAGGUUAUUGUAUUUGGAGGUGAUUUUCGACAGGUUCUUCCUGUGAUUCCUGGAGCCGGUAGAGCAGAAGUUGUAUGCUCUGCUCUGAACUCAUCUUAUCUUUGGAAGCACUGCAAGGUUCUCAAGCUAACAAAAAAUAUGCGAUUACUAUCUGACAACCUGACCGCAGAAGAAGCAACUGAUCUAAAGAAUUUUUCUAAUUGGAUUCUUGAUGUUGGGGAUGGUAAGAUAGAAGAACCUAACGAUGGAGAAGCUGAAAUAGAUAUUCCGGAAGAGUUUUUAAUAACUGAUGCAGAGGAACCUAUCGAAGCCAUAAGCAGAGAAAUAUAUGGAGAUGCUUCUGAUCUACAGGACAAUACAGAUCCCUUAUUUUUCCAAGGCAGAGCUAUUCUCUGUCCCACUAACGAAGAUGUCAACAUGAUCAAUGAAUACAUGCUCGAUAAGCUGAAUGGGGAGGAGAGAAUCUAUCUAAGCUCUGAUACAAUAGAUCCUUGUGACACAGCCGCUAUUAACGACGAGGCUCUAAGCACGGAAUUCCUAAACAGCAUAAGAGUAGCUGGUUUACCUAAUCACGCUUUGCGACUGAAGGUUGGCUGUCCAGUUAUGUUGCUCAGAAAUAUUGAUCCCAUAGGAGGUCUAAUGAACGGAACGAGGUUGCAGAUAACUCAAUUAGCUGAUUUUAUGAUUGAAGCUAAAGUUAUAACAGGAGAUAAGGUCGGUGUGAAGGUUAUUAUUCCUAGGCUUUUGAUUACUCCAUCGGACACCCUACUUCCUUUCAAGAUGAGGAGAAGACAACUUCCUUUAGCUGUUGCAUUCGCAAUAACUAUCAACAAGAGCCAGGGUCAGUCUCUAUCACAGGUUGGGAUAUUCUUGCCAAGGCCUGUUUUCUCUCAUGGACAGCUUUACGUCGCAAUUUCCAGGGUAACCUCCAAGAAGGGAUUGAAGAUCUUGAUCGUCGACAGCGAAGGGAAGCCGCAGAGGAGAACAACCAAUGUUGUUUUCAAAGAGGUUUUCAAGAACCUCUAA